AUGGCUCCAGGCCUUCUUGACCCAGCUGCGACCGUCGAAAAGGUCGUCUCGUUAUCCUCCUUGACCGAGAGUUACGAUGAUACGAUCCGUUUCUAUCUCAAUGGCACCAAGGUCGAGCUGGAUGCUGUUGAUCCAGAAAUCACACUGCUGGAAUACUUGAGGGGUAUUGGGUUGACGGGCACCAAACUUGGCUGCGCAGAAGGUGGAUGUGGUGCCUGCACAGUCGUCGUGUCGCAGAUGAAUCCUACCACUGGCAAGAUCUAUCAUGCUUCUGUCAAUGCCUGUCUGGCACCUCUGGUCAGCGUCGACGGCAAGCAUGUUAUCACAAUUGAAGGCAUUGGCUCCUCGAAGAGCCCGCAUCCGGCACAGCAAAGGGUCGCCGUGGCUAGCGGUAGCCAAUGUGGCUUUUGUACACCGGGUAUAGUAAUGAGCUUGUAUGCGCUUCUCAGGAACAACAGCUCAGAGCCAUCUGAAGAGGAGGUCGAAGAAGCAUUUGAUGGCAACUUGUGCCGCUGCACCGGCUACAGACCCAUCCUUGAUGCAGCCCAAAGUUUCAAUAACAAAUGCGGACGCUCAACUGCGAACGGCGGCUCCGGCUGCUGCAUGGAGAACGGUGGUUCAUGCAAGCGUUCUGAUGAAUCUCUUGAUACGAAUGGCGCCGCCGAAAAGAAGUUCACACCCCCAUCAUUUAUCCCUUACGAUAAGUCGACCGAAUUGAUCUACCCUCCCUCGCUCAAGAAGCACGAAUUUAAGCCUCUAGCUUUCGGUAACAAGAGAAAGAAGUGGUACAGACCUGUUACACUUGAACAGCUCCUGGAGAUCAAGAACGCCUAUCCACAGGCCAAGCUCAUUGGAGGCAGCACCGAAACGCAGAUCGAGAUCAAGUUUAAAGCCAUGUCAUAUCCUGCUUCCGUGUACGUGGGAGAUAUUGCAGAACUUCGCAAGUAUUCGUUCCAUGACGAUUAUCUUGAGAUCGGUGGCAAUGUUGCUUUGACCGAUUUAGAAAACAUCUGCGACGAGGCUGUCAAACACUACGGCCUACCAAAGGCACAACCUUUCUCUGCAAUCAAGAAGGCAAUCAGAUACUUUGCUGGCCGCCAAAUCAGAAAUGUUGGAACCCCAGCUGGUAACCUCGCAACAGCGUCUCCUAUAUCUGACCUCAACCCAGUUUUCGUGGCCACAAAUUCGACAUUGAUUGCGAAGUCACUAAAGAAGACAACUGAAAUCCCCAUGGGGAGUUUCUUCAAGAGCUACAGAGUGACAGCUCUGCCGGAAGAUGCGGUCAUCGCUGCGAUGAGAGUUCCUAUCGCCUCAGAAAAGGGAGAGUACAUCAGAACCUACAAGCAGGCAAAGAGGAAAGACGACGAUAUUGCAAUCGUAAAUGCCUGUUUGAGAGUGCAUCUCGAUGAUUCCUAUAAGGUCACCAGUGCGAAUCUGGUAUAUGGUGGCAUGGCUCCGAUCACUACCCUAGCUAAGAAUGCCUCCGAAUUUAUUGUUGGGAAAACAUUCACAGACCCGCAAACGCUCGAGGGAGUAAUGAAUGCUCUGGAAAAGGACUUCAGCCUUCCUUUCGGUGUCCCGGGCGGUAUGGCCACGUACCGAAAGUCCCUUGCUCUUGGAUUCUUUUAUCGGUUCUAUCAAGAUGUGCUUACCAACAUCGAAGAAGUAAGCCAGCAAGCUGACAAGGAAGUCAUCGAAGAGAUCGAAAGGGAAAUUUCUCGAGGCCAGAAAGAUCUUGAUGCAACUGCUGCUUACACCCAGAAGGUGCUUGGCAAGGCUAAUCCACAUGUCGCUGCCCUCAAACAAUGCACAGGAGAAGCUCAGUACACGGACGACAUUCCAUUACAGAAAAAUGAAUUGAUAGGGUGCCUUGUCCUGUCAACAAAGGCUCAUGCGAAGAUCAAGGUUGACGCCAGUCCUGCCUUAGACCUUCCGGGCGUUGUCGCCUGGGUUGACAGAAACGAUGUUGUCAAUCCACAGGCUAACUGGUGGGGUGCCCCGGUUUGCGACGAAGUCUUCUUUGCGGAGGAUGAGGUUUUCACAGCUGGCCAACCGAUAGGCAUGGUGUUAGCUAACACUGCUGCCCAAGCUUCCGCCGGCGCACGUGCUGUUUUGAUCCAGUAUGAGGAGCUGCCCGCUAUCUAUACAAUUGAGGAAGCCAUAGAGAAGCAAAGCUUUUUCGAGCACUAUAGGUACAUUCGCAAGGGCGAUGUUGACAAAGCGUUCAAGGACUGUGAUUACGUGUUUGAAGGCACUGCAAGAAUGGGCGGUCAGGAACACUUCUAUCUCGAAACCAAUGCAGCUGUUGCCAUUCCCAAGCCUGAGGAUGGUGAAAUGGAAAUCUGGUCAAGCACACAGAACCCGACAGAAACACAAGCCUAUGUCGCCAAAGCGCUCGGAGUACAGAACAAUAAGAUCGUAUCAAAAGUCAAACGUCUGGGUGGCGGCUUCGGUGGCAAGGAAACACGGUCCAUCCAGCUAUCCACGAUAUGUGCCGUCGCAGCCAACAAAGUUCGACGACCGGUUCGAUGCAUGCUUAACAGAGAUGAAGAUAUUAUGACCUCUGGGCAGAGACAUCCGUUCCUCGGCAUCUGGAAAGUUGGCGUGAACAAGGAUGGCAAGAUCCAAGCACUCCAGGCCAAAGUAUUCAACAACGGUGGCUGGUCACAAGAUUUGUCCGCCGCCGUCGUUGAUCGAGCCCUCUCCCACAUUGAUGGCUGCUACAACAUUCCGAAUGUCGACGUUGACGGCCGUAUUUGUAAGACCAAUACGGUCUCAAACAGCGCAUUUCGCGGGUUCGGCGGGCCUCAGGGCAUGUUCAUCGCCGAAUGCUACAUGUCUGAAGUGGCUGAUCACCUCGGCAUGUCCGUCGACAAACUCCGUGAAAUCAACUUCUACAAAGAAGGCGAGGAAACCCACUUCAAUCAAGCUCUCGAAGACUUCCACGUCCCACUGAUGUGGGAACAAGUCAAAGAAUCCGCAGAGUAUGAAGCCCGUCGCAAGGCUGUCGAUGAAUUCAACGCCACUCACAAAUGGCAGAAGAAGGGCCUUGCUAUGAUUCCCACCAAGUUCGGCAUCUCCUUCACAGCGCUAUUUCUCAAUCAAGCCGGCGCAUUAGUGCAUAUUUAUCACGAUGGAUCUGUACUAGUCGCCCAUGGUGGAACAGAAAUGGGCCAAGGUCUACAUACGAAGAUUUGCAUGAUUGUUGCGGAAGCACUGCAGGUGCCACUGUCUGAUGUCCACAUCACAGAGACUGCGACUAAUACUGUCGCCAAUACAUCGUCCACUGCAGCUUCUGCAUCAUCUGAUUUGAAUGGCUACGCCGCGUACAACGCAUGCAUGCAAAUCAAUGAGCGUCUUGCUCCGUACCGAGAGAAGCUCGGUCCCAGUGCAUCAAUGAAGGAACUCGCACACGCAGCGUACUUUGACCGCGUCAACCUGAGUGCGAACGGAUUCUACAAGACACCCGAGAUCGGAUAUAUCUGGGGUCCGAACCCAGCUGAUCCGUCGCUUGAAAACACAGGCAAGAUGUUCUUCUACUUCACUCAGGGCGUCACGGCGUCAGAAGUUCUGAUUGACACCUUGACUGGCGACUGGACAGUUCUCAGAACAGACAUCAAGAUGGACGUGGGUCGAAGUAUCAACCCAGCCAUCGACUACGGCCAGAUCGAGGGAGCAUACGUCCAGGGCCAGGGCCUCUUCACAACUGAGGAGAGCUUGUGGCACAGAGCCAGCGGACAGAUAUUCACCCGUGGUCCGGGCGCUUACAAGAUCCCCGGCUUCCGCGAUAUUCCACAGGUGUUCAAUGUGAGCCUGCUCAAGGACGUCGAGUGGAAGAACCUCCGCACCAUCCAGCGCAGCCGAGGUGUAGGUGAGCCGCCGUUGUUCAUGGGCAGUGCGGUAUUUUUCGCCAUUCGCGACGCUUUGAAGGCGGCAAGAAAGCAAUUUGGCGAAGAGGAGGUAUUGAGUUUGAGAAGUCCAGCGACACCAGAACGUAUCAGGAUCUCGUGUGCCGAUCCCAUCUUGAAGAGAUGUGUCGUUGAGCCGAGAGAGGGAGAGAAGAGUUUCUUUAUCUCGAUUUGA